GACACACACGGUCCCUUUGAAAAAAAGAUAGAUAGAGAGAGAAAGAGGAAAGCAGCGAGCGCCUCCUCUGCGUUUCUGGUUUCACACAAUCUUCAUCCGCUGCUAUUUCUACCUCUCUUUCUCCUCCACCGCUUUCUCUGGAGUCUCCUUCGUCUCUCUCAAGAGGUUUUGGUUUUUGUUGGAAGAUCGGUGAAGUUUUCUUUUGGAGCUAUUAAAGAUGGAGAUGUGUGCAAGGAGGUCUAUUUACUUAGAGCAGGCGUCAGUGAGAAGCCCUAAAGCUUGUGAUUUGGACUUGAAGAAAAGAGAACAGGCUGUGACACACCAACCAGUACCAGGUCAAGCGGAAGUUCUCUGUCCUCAACCUCGUCGUGCUAUUAGGACUCCUUACACUGUUGAUAGCCUUGAAAGACUGUGCUGCACAUUGAGAGGCGAGUCCCUUACUCCCAGAAAAGAUCCCAGUCUUGACUUCUUAAGUUUAUUUUUUAGCAAGGAUCGUUUAGAAGAUGAUUUAGAUACUGAUAAUAGCAGCCAAAUUGGCUUUUUUUGCGGUUCACCACCGGUACGUGCUGACAACCCACUUGUACAUGAUGUACAGUUUGUUCGACAAACUUCAACACUUAGUUCUCCAUUAGGAAAUUCUUUUGGUGCAAAGGGUUCUUCCGCAAGGGCAGAUAGAGCUCCCUCCUGUGGCAAAUCUUCUUUUGGAGGGAAGCCUGUGGUUAGAGUAGAAGGCUUCAGUUGUGGGGGUUCGAAGUCUAACUGUGUCGUUUCUGCCCGUGCUUGAUUUGGCUUGGAGUGAUGUAAGUAAGACCUUCUGACCUGGAAUGAGCUUUCAUGCGGCUAUCUAGAUUUCGCCUCCCAUUUCCUUUCACCCGCUGCCCUCCAACCCCAUUUUUCUUUUUGAAAGCCUUAGUUUUAGAGAGUAUCCAUCUUUUGUAUAUAUAGAGGAGAUACCUGCUGAGAUCGUGUCUAUGUUGGUUGGUUUUUGUGUGUGGGUCUCUGUAUAAUACUAAGUCGAGAUUUUAUUGAGUUGUUUGUCGAGAGACUAACGGAACUGUUCAGUUCCGAUUCUCUAAUUGGCGAAUGUAAAAAUGUAUAUAGACGGGCAACAUUGUAAAAAAUUUGUAUCUAUAGUUUGUCCUCCGAAUGAUAUUUUCGGAAUCUCAUUUGUUCUUUUAUAUGAUAGCAUUUGCCUAUUAUGA